AUGGCAGAAUUUUGGAAAUUUUGGGCGGCUCUCGACCGGCGCCGCGGGGAGCUUGGCCCAGAAAAGCAGCGUCAAGAGACCGACUUACAGGUGCAAUUGCGAGAGCUGCGUCAUGCGGUUUUGGCCCACGAAGCUCAAAUGGCGAACGGUGACUUUCACGUGAGGCAGCUUGCCCUCAUCAAGGCUGCAAGGUCCCUCGAGCAAGACACCACCCGCCAGUUCGACGAAAAGAUCAACGACAUAUGGCAGCUUCUCGCCGCCGCGAAGGGAGGCAAGUCCUCCGCCGCCGAAGAAACCAUCUUGCGAUGGCUCCUCAAACACAUGGACGGCGCUGCCGAGUCCGCCGAGCAACUCCGACGAUACCCCCUGGCGUGGACCACCCUCGGCUGCUUGUUCGAGAGGAUCCCGCUGUUCUCCCUCUCCAAGAUCUUCAUCGAGCGCCGCCUUCUCCCCGUGUUGAAGCAGAGUGUCAAGGACGUUUCCAGACCGCAGCAGAAAGAGCUGGUGAACGGAGAUGCCCCGGCCAAGCGCAAGCGCAAGAGGGACGAGCAACCUAGAUUCGACAUCGAGUACCUGAGAUCUCCCGAAGCCCUCGUCGGAUCUGCGACCGAGCUGUUUGGCGCUCUCAAUCAGCUCCUAUUCCGCCUCGAAGAUGCUGCGGCGCAGAAGGUUGAGCACAUCACCAUCGGUGCAGAGCAUGUUAGGUCUCUGUUCCGCGUCCCCGCCUCAGAGGCGCAGGAACUGGUUGCGCCGCUUCUUUGGAUUUGCGCUCGCUCCUUAGACACUGUCCAAGGGGGUCUCAGUGGCCAGCAACAGCAGUGGAUCUGGAGCUUGACUACCCUCUGGGAGUUCCACCUCGGAAGCAGCGAAGACCCCAACGAGUUUGCAAGUCGCUUAUACUUCCCAUGCUGCGUCGUUCUUGAGAAGCUCCGCAAUCUUGACUCAAACCAGGGGAGCCAGCUUGUGAGACAGCUGUGGAUCAAACAGGUCGAGCGAAUGCUGAUGAAAAAUCUCAUCAACCCAACACGAACAGUCUUUGUUAACGGCGGUGGGCUUGGGAUAUUUGACGUUGCCAAUGCUGCAACCGUUCAGCGUGUCUCUUCUUGCAUCCAGAUCCUGUGGAAGCUGUCGCUGAUGGCUGGGCGCAACUCUGAAGAUCCCGAGUCCAAGAGCGCGCAUCUGUCGUGGACCCAAAGCGUUUUCAAGUCAUUACUGGAGUUCGCUGUUGAACAUAAGGCGGCGAAAAUUGUGGUACUACCGAUGCUUGACGAUGCUAUAGUCUACAAUUGCCCGCCUGAUUCUGACACGCUUCGUCGUGUUUGUACCAGCUAUGGACUCGAAGACGCCGCCACCAACUGGUUAUUGGUCGCCGACAUCGUCAAGUGCGACCCCGAUGUGUUCCUCCUCAACGACGAGCUUCUGAACACACUAUUCACCCGGACAAGCUCGGUGUCUAGCGACGAUCCCAACCACAGCCUCCUAGUACACAGAGUCGUGAAUCCUAUGGCGGAAGCCUUUGCGAGGGCUCGUGAUUUGACUGCCUUUGUUCAGAGGUGGCAUGCUCAACUAUCCCAGCUUCUCGACAAGUCUACCAAGCUCUCUUCGAACCAGUCUGUAUGGGUCGACUUGAGCGUACGACAACAAUGUGGAAAACUGCUUCAAGAAUCGCUAUCCACGAAGCAAUUGUCGAGCCUGGUUGAUUGGCUCGAGGGUCAGGAUCAAGCCAGUGGUAGCUACCUGGUUAUCCUUGACGCAAUCUGCCAGGGCGUCCACGACGAGGCUUAUAUCUCGGCCCUUGGCUCCAGGCUGUUUGACAUCAGUUUCCAAGACAAAUCUCAAUCCCAGUGUUCGCCUGAGAUCCAAUCCCUCCGAUGGCGGAUAACUGGCACAACCACGCGUUGGGUCCCCUCUGGCGAAGUCCACCGGAUUUGGAAGAAAACAAAGGCAGACUUGUCCAAGGUCCUUUCCGAGGGCGCUCUCUCGGACCGCGCUACUUAUGAGGCGUUUACAUACUGCUCAAACAUGUGUCUGGUAAACUUGCCACACGGUCCUGAGUUGGCAGAUAUCCUAACUCUUGCACGAUCGUUCCUGCAAAGACUUGUGGCAGAGUCAGAAUCGAGCCGCGAUACUGCAGUAUUGUCGCCCUUCCUAAAUCUUGCUCUCACAUGGCUUCCCCAGCUAAGCCAGGCAACCGAUGGCAAUGGUACGGAAUGGGCCUCAGAUUUCAUAGGCACUUUGUUCAGUCGCCUAGGAUCAAGGAUAGCCGCCAACGAUGACGAAAAACAAAUGCAGCCACUCCUGGAAGAUGCCCCAACUUUACCAGGCGUGGAAGAUUCGAUUUACAUGGUUGAGCAGAUGAUAAGCCCCAUCAUCGACAGCCUCGAAAACUCUAACCCAGGACGUGGGUGGACGAAAUCAACCGCUGUCCCGAAGAUCUCUGCUCUACUUACUUUCCCAAAAGAGACGUUGACGAAAGAACGGAGAAAACAGAUUAUGACGUCGUGGAAGGAGAACAAGUCUCACAUUGACGAGAACGCCGCUUCAGACGUCACAUACGCCAAACUCAUCUUGCGUCUUUUGGUGCAAGUUAUGUCGCAGCCCACGUUUUAUACUGGUAUUGCAUUCGAGGAUCUUCGAAACAUCUCGGCAUACUUGUCUGCUGGUACCGUCCCCUACGUGGACGAAGUGGCUAGACUAAUGAUCAGCCAAAUAAUCGCCAAUCCCGAAGCUUCGCCAGAAUACCUCAGACAGAUGCAGCUCUACGUGAAAGAUUUAGACGUUGAACAGAUUGAGGACCCAGAGGUUCAUCUGAUUCUCCUGAAAAACAUUGUAGUCGCUCUCGAUAAAUCCUCCACAGCUGAGUCUGUCAAGGACAUCCUUGACCGACGAUCUGUCCUCAAAAGACUUCGCGAAUUGGUGGAGCACAGUCUAUCCCAGCUGGCCUCAAAACUGAAGAAACCUGCAAAGGUUGAUGAAGGCCAAGAUGAGUUGCUACUGCUUGACCUAGUCCUCCGAACUACCGACUCCAUCAAGCAAGACCUAGCUUCUCGUCCGAUCAAGCUGUCCUCCAAGACAGUCACUAGACUGGAAAAUGCGGGCGAGACGCUCGCAUCAAGAGGCAUAGCCACUGGCUGGAAACUACAGAUCUUUUUGGCCCAAAAUCAGAAGACGCCAGACUCCUCUAUUUUGAUGACCCAGGCCAGCCGGCCCUGCCAGAUAAGCCCGGAGGAUCAGUGGGUUAACGACCUCGUUGAUGCGGUGACCAGAGAGUCAGACGCAGCAUCGAGAUUGGAUGUCCUUGCCCACCUUGUGAGCAGUUCUUCUGCUUGGCAAAAUCCUAGUGUCCCGUAUAUGAUCAUAUCUCGGCUCAUUGAUACGAUUCAAGUGACGGGACCUCUAUCAGUCAGCAUCGCAGGAAGCGAGAACUUUGACCUUGCAAGACUGCAAGUCAUCCUGAUCCACACGCUGUCCAAAUCAUCGUCGUUGGAACAGUUUAAGAACAUUGCACAAGUAGUCGAGCUGCUCCUCGACAAGCACGCAAACUCUAUGACGCAAGUAAACAUCGAGGCGACCCUUGACGCCAUUGCUUCCGUGUGUUCCGCAUCAGGUCCCGAGAUCAAGGACUCAAAUGCCGCUGGCGAGAUCUUUGCGACUCUCUACCGUUUGACGGCAAUCAUCAUCAGACGGCACCGCUUGCGUCUUGAGGGCCACCACCAUCUUCUCGUGACAACGCUCCAGGCUCUUCUCCGCGUGCUCCUGGCGAACCCUUCGGCCCCACAGUCGAAGCAAAUCGCAAGCUUCACCCAACCCCCAUGGCUAGAAACCCGUCUCACGGCGCGCCAUGCGGUCAAGUUUACGCGCCUCUUGACGCUCAUCUGCGAACCCAGCGCGGCGUCCGUCGCCCGCAGAAAGAAUAGCAGCCUUGACUCCGCCACCGAUGUCGUGAAACGGUCGGCGGGCCAGUACAUGUUCCGCGUACUCAUGCUGUACAUCAAGAUGCAGCUGGAGGGCGAUAUACCCAGGGAUGUCCGGAAGGAGCUGCAGACGGGCUUCUAUUCCAUCCUUAGCGUUACCCCUGAGACCUGCUUGAGGAUCAUGAACGAGAGUAUGGAUGCUUCGGGCCGGGCCAUCUUCAGGACGACAUAUGCGGACUUCAAGAAGUUUGGGAAGUGGACGGGCAUCUAG